AAUCAAAUUAAUCUGCUUUUGCACUUAUCAUACACCUUUUUCAUUCAUCUCUUCCAAACCUUCUCAAAAAUUAUCACAUAAAAAUCACGCUGCCAUGUUUUUGGGAAGAAUUAUCUCCAAUUCUUCUUUCAAUUCAUCCACUCUCCCCUUUGCUUCACUACACUCGUUUCUCACCAAACCAAGAUUCAAUUUUUAUAAUCUCACCCACCAAAUUAGAUACAUCUCCCCCUAUCCCAGAUUUAAUCUUGAUAAUCUCAGCCACCAAAUCAGAUACUUCUCCGCCUACCCCAGAUUCGAUUUUGGAUCUAUACGUGAGCCCAACGACGCCGCCGCUCUAUUUCGGGAAAUGGUGAGGACGCAGCCGCUUCCUUAUGCUUCUGUUUUCAGUAAAUUGUUGAGUACUGUGGUCAAGAUGAAACAAUACUCUCUUGCCCUUCAUCUGAUCGAUGAAAUGCUUCAAAGGCAUGUUCCUGUAAAUCACUACACCUUGAGUAUUGCGAUUGAUUGCUACUGCCGACAGAAUAGACCUGAUUGUGGGUUUGCGAUCUUAGGCAUUUUUGUCAAGCGUGGGUUCCAGCCUACUGUGGUAACCUUUAACACUCUACUCAAAGGUCUAUUGUCGAUUGAAAGGAUCCCAGAGGCAGCUAAAUUGUUGGGGAAGCUGUCGGCCUACCAACUCUGCGAGCCCGAUGAGUAUACGUAUAGUACUAUAAUUCAUGGGUUAUGCAAAGCUGGAGAUCUUCUACAGGCGAUUGAUUUGCUCUGCUCAUUGGAAAAAGGAAAAGGGAGCUGCAAACCCAAUGUCUAUGCUUACAACAUAGUCAUUGAUGGUCUAUGCAAGGACGGAAAGGUGAAUGAUGCUCUCCAACUCUUCUCCACUUUGGGUGAUAAGGGGAUAUCGCCAAAUGUCGUGAUAUAUAGUUCAAUAAUUGAGGGCUUAUGCAAGAUGAGAAGAAUGGACGAGGCUGAACACGUUUUGAAGAAGAUGAUAGCUGAUAUGGUCUGCCCAGAUGUGUGGACGUGUAAUAUCUUUGUGGAUGCUUGGUGUAGAGAUGGAAAGGUGGAAGACGCCGAGCAUAUGUUAAUAUCUAUGAAGGAGAUUGAUGUUCAACCCGACAUUGUCACAUACAACGCAUUGAUGAAUGGAUAUUGUAUGCUAGGAAAACUGGACGAAGCUGAACGCAUUUUCCAAUUGGCACUGAGCUCUGGAAUGAAGCCCGAUAUCAUAAGCUACAGUAGCUUGAUGAACGGGUAUUGCAAAGAGGGGCGAGUCGAUGAAGUUUCACAUCUUUUUACCAUAAUUCCCGCUCAAAGAUUAAAGCGAGAUGUGGUUUCUUAUACCAUAAUGCUAGAGGCCUUAUUUCGUGAAGGCAAAUGUGAAGAUGGCUUGAAGCUGUUCAAAGAGAUGGAAGCUCUAGGAUUGUCUCCUGAUGUGAAGACUUACAGUAUCUUGUUGGAUGGUUUGUGCAGAGCUCAUCGUAUUACUCAAGCUUUUGCGAUGUUGCAUACCAUGGAAGACAAAGGCAUCAUUCCGAACAUAGUAGCAUACAAUAUUCUCAUUGAGGGAUUGUGCAACGACAACAAAGUCAGAGAAGCAAAAGAUCUGUUUGACAAGCUUCCAUCCAAAGGUUUGCAGCCUGAUGUCAUAACAUGUAAUAUUCUCAUUGGUGCACUUUGCAAAGAAGGACAGAUUAAGGAGGGUAAGGAUCUGUUCCAUGAGCUAGCAUCCAAAGGUUUGCAGCCCGAUGUCAUAACAUAUACAAUCCUUAUCGGUGCACUUUGUGAGAAAGGGCAGAUAGAGGAGGCUAAGGAUUUGAUGAUGCAAAUGGUAAACAAUGGUUGCUUGCCUAAUAGUGUGACAUACAAUGUUUUUAUUCAAGGUCUUAUUAAAAGGAACAAGAUGCAUGAUGCAGUACCACUGUUGGAAGAGAUGGAUUCAAGGGGAUUUGCACUUGACAAAACUGCAUAUUCGAUGUUGAUUGAACAUGUGGAAAGGGAAGAAGGUAAUUGUAGAUAUGGAUCUUGUGAGAGAGAAAGUGUUGAAGGUGAAAGAGGAAAGGGGACUCAAAUAUGAGCAGCCAACUGCUAAUUCAUCAAGAUCCGUUGCCAGUAAUGGAGAGGCGAUUAUGGUGGGAUUUGGUGGCUGCUUGGAUCAGCUCUUGGAUUUGCUCACCGGAAAUCAAUCUAGCCGCCAGAUCAUCUCAAUCGUUGGUAUGGGCGGUAUUGGUAAGACUACUCUGGCCAAGAAUACUUUUGAAAAUUCAAUUAUUAAGCGACAAUUUGAUGUCCGUGUUUGGGUGUCUGUUUCAAAUGAUUACAAUUUGUCAGAUAUUUUCUUAGAAGCUCUUUCUCACCUAAAAGAACUCACUAGCACUAUUGAGAUGGACAAUGAAAGAGAUGAGUAUC